CGCGACCCAAUGCGGCUGCGUUUUCGCAAAUGAAGUACGACAUACGAUCGUGAGAUCCGGGGCGGAUCGGCAGCGUUCAUUUAUUGUUAGUUUUCGCAGGUCCUUUUCUCCGCGCCGCAGAUAUUGUGGGAAAUGGGACUUAAUAGAUCGACCCUGGGGUCAUGCGCAAGCGCAUGUGCGCAUCCUACUCAUAUCUUCAUAUACCUUCGACACCUCGGUCGUAGGCUCUCCUACACUUCUCCGUUUACUCUUUCCAACUUUCAAUUCCAACUCUAGUCACUCAUUCCUGUUGAUCAGAUUGCUACUUUGAAAUGCACUUCUCUUCGCUCCUCGUGGCGGCCGUUGCGGUUCUGCCCGCCACUGUUUUCGGUCAGCUUUCCGGCGGUGUUGGACCCCUGACUACGCAUGCUGCUAAGACCAAAGUCAAGACCUGCAGUGUCUUGGACUUUGGUGGCAAGGCUGAUCAAAGCACCGAUAUUGGUCCCGCUCUUCUAAAGGCUUUUGCAGCCUGCAAGACUGGUGGUACAGUCGUUGUCCCUGCCGGCAACUAUGCUAUGGCAACGUGGGCUACGUUUGAAGGCGGCAAGGCUUGGGCACUGCAGCUUGAUGGUGUCAUCUUCCGUACCGGUACCGACGCGGGUAAUAUGCUGUUCAUCCGCAAUGCGAACGAUUUCGAGAUGUUCAGCAGCACCGGCAAGGGAGCUAUUCAGGGUCUUGGAUUUAAAGAUCACGUAAAUGGCAAGCGCGAUGGCGCCCGUCUCUUGCGUGUCGAGAAGACCAACAACUUCUCCGUUCACGAUAUCAUUCUCGUCGACGCACCCAUGUUCCACUUCGUCAUGAACACCGUCACCAACGGCGAGGCCUACAACAUGGCUAUUCGCGGUGGAGACUGGGGCGGUCUCGACGGCGUCGACGUCAUUGGCACCAAUGUCUGGAUCCACGAUAUCAUGGUCACUAACAAAGACGAAUGUGUCACCGUAAAAUCGCCCUCCUCCAACGUCCUCGUGGAAAACAUCUACUGCAACUGGUCCGGCGGAUGCGCCAUAGGCUCACUCGGCGCUGCUACAGCAAUCUCGAAGAUCCAGUACAAGAACGUCUACACCUGGAAUUCGAACCAGAUGAUGAUGAUCAAGUCCAAUGGCGGCAGCGGCUUCGUCGAGGACGUGGUGUUUGAGAACUUCAUCGGUCACGGCAACGCGUACGCCUUCGACAUCGACCAGUUCUGGGCGUCCACGAGUACCGUUGCCGGUAACGGUGUGCAGUUGACCAACAUCACGGCGAAGAACUGGCGGGGCGCGCAGGCCAACGGCGCUCAGCGUGGGCCGGUCAAGGUCGUGUGUGCCGAUGCAGCGCCCUGCACUGAAAUCGAUGUGAGCGAUAUCCAGAUGUGGACCGAGAUUGGCAACAAGAACGUGAACCUGUGCCGCUCAGGCCAUGGCACAGGCGCGUGUUUGAAGAGUGGUACGGGUUCGUAUGCGCAGAUCACACAGACUGUUACUAUUGCGCCCACAGCGUUUUCGGCUGCCACCAUGGCGGGUGAUUUGAAGACUGCAUUUGGUACUGCCAGCAGCAUUCCCAUUCCCACUCUGCCGGCUAGCUACUACCCCAACACGCCUCCAAUCAGUAGGGCUCCAUAGAUGAGUUUAUAGUGCCGUGGGGUGUCGCAGGAGGUUUCUUGUAUAUAUAUCGACUUUGAGAGCGGUAACCCGUAGCAAAUGAUCAGGUACUACCUCAAGGUGUUCAUAGAUUUCACCGAUUGCCGCCAGUGAUAUUCCCGGUGCAGUACCGAUAGUUGAUCAGUAUUAUUGCAUGUAUAUCUCAUCCAUUUCAACAUUUUCCGAUGCUCUCCCUGCUUUGCAGUCCCUCUGUACCUCCAAAGUUUCUACACAGGUCACUCACCGUUCAGCUACAACUCCAUGUGCUCUUUAAAUCCACAAGUCCACUCAUUCUGUGUCGGCAGCUUAGCUGUAUUAGGGAUAUUACUGCUCUCCCGGAACUCAACGAUCUGCCUCUUCCCCUCGUUAUCCCUGAUGACAGCAAACGCAGCAUUAGUGAAAUAUAUAGUCCGCUUUGCCAACCUAUGCAUACCGCCCGCCCAUCCGAU